GCCGUCUCCGAGUUGUAUCAGAACUACAAGUACGUGCCCCUGCUCUGCUCGAAGAACCUUGACGUGUUCUCAGAGACAGACGACGAUGACAACACUUAUUUCAGAAGGUUCAAGAAGGACGUGGAUGCUUUGUCUCAGUGGCUCGAUGAUCACGAGAACGGCGAGGUUGCCACUAAGCUUGUGAAGGCGGACGAGAUCUUCUGCGGAGAGGGGAAGCCGAUGAACGACGACGGCUGCCUGAACAGCCAGUGGUUCCUGAAUUGGGCUGGCGGCAGCGACAGUUGGGUGGGGAGCGCUUUCGGGCUGGUGGGCUGGGACAGUGCCACCGCGGAGGAGAAGUGGGCCCAGAUGGCAUCGAUCUUCCAGUCCUUCAACGCGCAGGACGAUGAUGGGUCCACGUUCCACGCCGACGUGAUGGAGUGGAAGAGCAAGUUCCCGUACCACAGCUUCGUGCACAAGCAAGCGGGCAUGUCGGAUUCUGGUGCCCCGAAGCCACUUCAGCGCAGUCUGGUGUGUUUCGGCAAGCGGGUCGCUAGCCAACUGCAUCGCCGACCAGCGGGGCAGCACAUCAU